AUGAUGAGUAAUGCCAGCGAGCUGGUCUGGGAGUUGUCGCAACUGAUUGGCCUGUCGAACCUGACGUACUACAAUGUCUCGGAUGGUACCGGGACGGUGACGCUACCAGCGAACUGCUGCGUGACCGAGCCGAACUUCUCCAACUACCUGGAAUCGCUGCCGAACGACCGGGCCGGUCUGCUGGCGUUUCUGUUCCUGUUCUCGUUCGCGACUGUAUUUGGCAACUCACUCGUCAUACUGGCUGUCAUUCGUGAGCGGUAUCUGCACACGGCGACCAACUACUUCGUCACCAGUUUGGCGGUGGCGGACUGUUUGGUUGGGUUGGUUGUGAUGCCGUUCUCCGCUUUGUACGAGGUCUUGCAGAACACCUGGUUCUUUGGCACCGACUGGUGUGACAUCUGGCGGUCACUCGACGUACUGUUCAGCACCGCCUCGAUCCUGAACCUGUGCGUGAUCUCGCUAGACAGGUACUGGGCCAUCACGGACCCGUUCUCGUAUCCAAUGAAGAUGACACGUCGGAAGGCCGCGGCUCUAAUUGCGGCGGUUUGGAUCUGCUCCAGCGCGAUCAGCUUCCCGGCCAUCGUGUGGUGGCGAGCGGUCCGUGAAGCCGAUAUGCCACCGUUCAAGUGCACAUUCACCGAACACCUUGGCUAUCUGGUGUUCUCGUCGACCAUCUCGUUCUACCUGCCCCUGUUGGUGAUGGUUUUCACGUACUGCCGCAUCUACCGAGCGGCAGCUAUACAGACGCGAUCGCUCAAACUCGGCACCAAGCAGGUCUUGAUGGCGUCUGGUGAACUUCAGCUCACACUCCGGAUACACCGAGGUGGAACGACACGAGAGCGACCAAACCACCCUCGGCUGGUGGCCACCGACCAACAACAACAGCAACAGCAGCAACAGCAGCAACAGCAGCAGCAACUGCAAGACCAACAGCAAACACCCACGCAACAACUGCUGUCUUCCCAGCAACCGACAUCGCUCAACAGUCAGCAGCAACCGCUGCAGCAGCAAACGCAACCACAGCAGCAUACGGCCAACUCCACGCCCGAGGAUCCAGACGACGAGCCACUCUCGGCGUUGCAGAACAACGGGCUCGGUGGACGCCACCGGACACACAUGGGGAAGAACUUCUCACUGUCACGCAAGCUGGCCAAAUUCGCCAAGGAGAAGAAGGCGGCUAAGACUCUUGGCAUCGUGAUGGGGGUGUUCAUCGUGUGCUGGUUGCCUUUCUUCGUCGUCAACCUGCUGUCUGGCUUCUGCAUACACUGCAUCGCCCAUGAGGAGAUCGUGUCGGCCGUCGUCACCUGGCUCGGGUGGAUCAACUCCAGCAUGAAUCCGGUGAUUUAUGCCUGCUGGAGCAGAGACUUUCGCAGGGCGUUCGUGCGGAUCCUGUGUGUCUGCUGUCCGAGAAAGAUAAGACGCAAGUAUCAGCCGACAAUGCGCUCGAAAGCAUCGCAGAGAUUCGCCUCGAGACGAUGCUACUCGACCUGUUCGCUGCACGGGAUCCAGCAGGUGCGGCAGAACUCGUGCGAGCAGACGUACAUUUAGUUCCGCCUCAA